CGACCUGCUCUUAUCGUUCGUCCCCGCGUCCUCGACAAUGGCAGGCCCCGAAGAGACCAUCACCGUCCAGAACCUCAACUUCUCGCAUCGCAGUGCAUUGGCACCGUCGUUGAUUGACAUUACCCUCCACAUUCCGAAGGGAUCGCGGACGGUCCUGGUCGGCGCGAAUGGAGCUGGGAAGUCGACCCUCCUGCAGGUCUUGGCAGGGAAGCGGAUGGUCAAGGACACCGCAAUCAUCGUGAAGGGUCAGGACGUCUUCCGCAAGACGCCUGAGGGGAUCGCGUACCUUGGGACGGAGUGGGCUAUGAACCCAGUCGUCCGACGCGACAUCGUGGUGUCCAACUUCCUCGACUCUGUAGGCGGCUAUCGCUACAAGGAGCGACGCGAUCGGCUCCUCGACAUCCUGGAUAUUGAUAUGGAUUGGCACAUGCACGAGAUCUCCGAUGGCGAGCGCCGACGCGUGCAGCUCUGCUUCGGUCUCAUGGUUCCGUGGGAUGUCCUCCUGCUGGACGAGGUCACCGUCGAUCUCGAUGUCAUGGUGCGCGACGACCUAUUGAACUUUCUAGUUCAGGAUAGCGAGGAGCGCGGGGCGACCAUCAUAUACGCGACACACAUCUUCGAUGGUUUGAACAAGUUCCCCACCCACGUCGCGCAUAUGCGCCUGGGUGAAUUCGUGCGCCCUCCGACCCCAUGGUCGCCUUCGACGGAACCCGAGUCCUUGUACACCGUAGCCCUCAAAUGGCUGCGGGAGGAUCGCGCGUUCCGCCUCGAGCUUGAGAAGCAGGGCAAGAAACCGCGCGGUGCUCGUCGCGACGAGACCGUCCCCUCCGACUCGGAGACGUUCUACCGCAAGUAUGACUACAGCCACUAGACCUCCACCGCAUCAGUACCCCAUUGAUUCAACUCUGAGCCCGAUUCAACACUCGCAUAUGAUACUGUACCUCUAGCUCAACCUGCACGCAUCUGGAUCCCGAAGCCGUUCCUCACGGACUUUUUGUAGCACUAGUUCAACCUCGUACAUGACCUCAAUAGACAUAUACACGUCGAUACAAAUCGUUUGACCGCUGGAGUAUCCGAGCC